GGUAUAUACCCGAUGAGAUGCUCCUAGUGAGGAGUCGGAUUUCCUGUUGGGGUCCGCGACUUGUCCUCAGAUAUUUUGCCACUAUCAAAGCCGGAGGACCUGGUAGAAAGGAAACUCCACCAUGUGCGAAAGUGGCAAAAUUCGAGUCCUGUCAGCUGGACCCUUGCAUGGUGGAUCCAUGCAAGCCGGAACCAACAGUGGUCAUCAUCGGGGCCGGAAUGGCCGGACUUUCGGCCGCCCAUCGACUGGCCCAAUGUGGCCUUCAGAAUUUCACCAUCCUAGAAGCCACGGACAGACCAGGAGGACGUAUCCAUUCCUGUUGGCUGGGAGACGUGGUUGCCGAAAUGGGAGCGACAUGGAUCGAGGGUGGAUGCGUGGCGAAUCCAGUGUUCACCCUGGCCGCCCAAGAAGGUCUUCUGAAGCCUCCGUUGUUCAGACCGGAUCCAAGUCGUGGUCUCUUCUGCACCAGCGAAGGUCGAGCUAUCGAUCUGCCAGUCAGCAUAACCGCAUAUCACGCGUUUCGACAGAUCGAACAGCAAGCCUCGGCCCUUUUCACCCUGGGUUGCGGAAGAGCUCACGGGACGUUGCUGAAUUUCAUGGCCGUCAGAAUUCAGCAGGAACUCCACAACUUUCCUGAGGAACAGCGGUACGACGCAGCUCGAGUGAUGUACGGGAUGUCGAACUGCAUCAGAUGCCGUUGCGGCGACGAUCUCUCCUUGGUCUCUGCUGACCAGUUCGGAAGUUACAUCGAAAUUCCAGGAGGGAACCUGAGGGUUCCCCUGGGAUACGUCGGGGUGCUGGCCCCUCUCCUGAGGGAGCUUCCUGGUUGUGCCUUGAAGUAUUGCAAACCUGUAAGCUGCAUUCGAUGGGGCGCAGUGAGCGAUUCCUGUCCUCGAGCAAUGAUCAAGUGCUGCGACGGAGAGGAGUUCCCAGCUGAUUAUGUUAUCGUCACCGUGCCCCUGGGAGUGCUCAAGCAUCAGCACGACAAGCUCUUUUGCCCUGCUUUGCCUGCCGAGAAAGUCGAGGCUAUCUGCAAGCUAGGAUAUGGAUACGUUAAUAAGAUCUUCCUUGAGUACCAGAGGCCAUUUUGGGUCUGGAGAGAAGGAGGCAUCAGACUCGCCUGGUCUGCCGACGAACUCGCCGAUAGGUGCGACUGGGUUAAAGGUGUGUCGAACAUAGAAGAGCUAGGCACCUCCCAGCACGUUUUGUGCGCCUGGGUAUGCGGCAGGGAAGCUGCAGACAUGGAAUUGUGCUCGGACGAGGAAGUUGUCGAGUCUUUGACGCGAGUUUUGAGACAGUUCACUGGAGACCCAACCCUUCCGUAUCCGGCAAAUUUAUUACGCAGCAAAUGGUGCACGGAUCAGUACUUUGCUGGUUCUUACAGCUACAUGGCGAUGGACAGUACGGUUGGUCAUCAGUGCGACCUGGCGAGUUCUGUACCAGGCUCCUGUGAACCCGUUGCUCCUAUAUUGUUGUUCGCCGGGGAAGCAACUAUCCCUGGACACUAUAGUACUGUACAUGGAGCAAGAUUGAGCGGAAUCCGCGAAGCUGAAAGAAUAAUACAAUUAACGAAACGUUUCGGAGGACCUCCCAGGGCACCUCCAGAGCCAUCUUGCAAGGUUCCUUGUCCAUGAAUCUAAAAUCUGGAUAAGGAUCACUAGGGGAAAUUAAAUUGCUGCCCGGAGCUUGGGAAAUUGAGAAAAGUCCUCGUUCGGCCGAAUACUGUCACCUCGCUUCUCCUGUAUCGUUGUUACGAUGGGGAUGUCAAUUGAAAUUUGUAAAAUAAUACUCGUAGCCUUUGCCAUGAUGGAAAGGAAUUGUUAGAACCAAGUAAGCACCUAAUCGUUGUACGAGUUAAGGAAUCAUGUCAUGAUGUUUCAUAAUAUACGUAUUUUCUACAAACUCUACCACCUGGUAAGAGAUUAUUUGGUUAAUCCCAAGGCGACUGGUUUAAAUAUUUUACAUAUA